UUUGGCAUUUACUUAAAUUGUUGUAUUAUACGUUCAUUACACUGUUUGUAAGCGUGUUUGUAGGUAGGUAGAUAUCUGGCAGAAAUCUGAAUUUUCGGGGGGUGGUUUCUCUCUCAAAGUGCAGAUGAGAAAAUCCAGUUGUUUUCAAUGGCAAAGCUGAGCUCCUCCAGUUUUAGUGAUGCCGCUCCCAUCCGAGGCUGUUUUGAGAGUCUGCAGCACGAAGCGUCUGCGUGUUUGCGUACUUCCACCAAUCACAGUCCGCGACCGCAAGCAUGCGCACUGCUGCUCUCUACCGACUGCUGUCGUUCUCGCUUCGCAGGUGUCAACGGAGCGAGCGUCUCUGCUGCAGCUGCGAUUGAGCAAACCUCUCUGUCCCAGCGAAAAUAUAUCAGUCAUACGGAGCGGGCGGGCAGGACAGAUCGGAGGCCUGAAAAUGUCCACAUGAGACCGUGAACCCGUGUCCGUUGCCAGGGCAGGUUUAAGCGGAGAAGAGGGCGGCUUUCCGGGUUGUAGACAGCGGGCUCGCGGAGCGUCUUCAGUGGGGAGCGCUGCGGUCCUGCCGCCGCCGCCACCACCACCACUGCUGCUGCUACAAUGUUCGUGCAGGAGGAGAAGAUCUUUGCAGGCAAAGUCCUGAAGGUCCACAUCUGUACCAUGGAGGGCACUGAGUGGCUGGAGGAAGUCACGGAAGACACCACUAUAGAGAAACUCAAGGAGAAAUGCUUAAAGCAUUAUGUCCAUGGAAGUCUAGAGGAUCCUAAAACUCUUACACAUCACAAACUCGUUCAUGCUGCCACUGAGAGAAUUCUCGCAGAAUCCAAAACAGUUGCUGAGGAAAAUCUUAAAGACAAAGACUGCUUAUUAUUGAUAAAGAAAAGACCUCCACUGGCUCCACCAAAAAUGGCCGACAUAUCUUCUGAAGAGAAGAAGAAGCAAGAGAACAAAGCACCAGAUAAGGAGGCCAUCCUCAAAGCCACAGCAAACCUGUCCACUCGUAACACUGACCGCACUGUAACUCAACACAAUAUCAGAGAUUUUCAAACAGAGCUGAGGAAGAUUCUGGUCUCACUUAUUGAGGUGGCUCAGAAGCUGCUGGCUCUGAAUCCAGAUGCUGUUGAGCUCUUCAAAAAGGCCAAUGCCAUGCUGGAUGAGGAUGAGGAGGACCGUGUGGAUGAAACGGCCCUGCAGCAGCUGACUGAGAUGGGUUUCCCUGAGAGUCGUGCUGUGAAGGCUCUGCGCUUAAACCACAUGUCUGUGACCCAGGCAAUGGAAUGGCUGAUUGAGCAUGUGGAUGACCCCAUGGUUGACACUCCUCUGCCUGGACAGGACACCCCAGGGGCGGCGGCCGCAGCAGCCCCUGCCCCUGCUCCAGCUCCCUCUGCCACAGCUUUAGGAGCCCGGGCCCGUCUGUCCUCCCAGGCCAGCCUAGAGGAGGCCAAACAAGAUGAACUGACAGAGAUCUUCAAACGGAUCCGGAGGAAAAGAGAAUUCAGGCCUGACUCACGGGCAGUCAUUGCGCUGAUGGAGAUGGGCUUCGAUGAGAAGGAGGUGAUUGAUGCCCUUCGCGUCAAUAAUAAUCAACAGGAUGCAGCUUGUGAAUGGCUGCUUGGUGACAGAAAGCCCACCCCUGAGGAUCUGGACAAGGGCAUUGAUACCAACAGUCCCCUGUUUCAGGCCAUCCUGGAGAACCCCGUGGUACAGCUUGGUCUCACAAACCCCAAGACUCUUCUAGCAUUUGAGGACAUGCUGGAGAACCCGCUGAACAGCACACAGUGGAUGAACGAUCCUGAGACAGGUCCUGUCAUGCUCCAGAUCUCCAGAAUCUUCCAGACACUCAAUCGCACGUAAAGCACACCUCAUCUGUGGAGCGGUUGGAAUCACAGCAUAGGGAAAAAGGUCAAUCAUUUAGAAGAGAGGUGUGUGUGUGUAUAGUUUGUUUGUUUGUGUGUGCGUGUAUGUGACAUAACUAUUGUUUUAAGUGGAGAAGUAACAGAAGACGAAUGUAAAAAUACAAUGAUGACAUUUUCACAUCAUGUUAUACAGAGGAAAAUAUCUAUUUAUAACUACACUUGUACAAAUUCAAUGUAAGCAGUAACUUAAUGAUAAAUAGCUAACUCCAUUAUUUAGUUUUUUAUGUUUUAAUAAGACCUGUUUUUAAUUAAUAUUAAGCACAUUACUUUAUUUUAUAUAAUUUAUCUAUAUAAUUGUACAAUUGGACAUCUAAAAAAAAAAAAAAAAAAAAAAAAGAAAAGAAAAAAUCACCACCAGAGGCAAUUUUCUAUGGUUUUUGUGCUCAAAGAUCAAAUUUCAACCAAAUUAUUUAACACUUCACAUGGUACACUUGUCAUAACUGAAUGUUUCUACAGGGAGAUAAACAAUGUGUAUUCAGUUAUUUUUAUUAUCAGUUCAAAAAUGAAAUCGUUUAUGUAUCAGACUAUAAGUUCCUUCCAAAAACACCAAAUGAAGGUACGUUUUGAGGGAGAGUAAAGCAAGCACCAGCAGUUUUUGGCAACUCCUCAUUUGAAGAUUAUUCAAAGCUUUGUGGUUUCAUUAACACUACAGACAUUUCUGUGAUGUUGUGGUGACACAGUAGCAAUUUGCAGCCCCUUAUGGACAUAGAUAAAUGACAGAUAGUGAAAUCGAACCUGAUCCCUUUAUUCCUCGUAUCUUUUUCACUCUUCCGAUCUAUAAAAAGACUGUUCAGGUGGAUUCCUCUGUCCAAAUGGACACAAGUCAGUUUUGAUUCUGUCGGUUUAGAACAAAGCUGGUAUUAAUGAGUACUGGAUCAUUAUCUUAGUUUUCUCCCAGUAGCUCCUGCAUCAGGGGUUUCCUAGUAUUUCAGAUCUUUUAUCCACCAUCAUGAUCAAGCUGCUGCCUCUGAUCUCACUCGCAUCCCUGCACGUUUAAUGUGAGUCUUACUUUACAUCAUUACCGGAGGCUGGACAGACUUUAGUUUGUGCUAACUAAAAUAAAAUGACUUAUUUUAUGGAUUGGUUCUACUACACGAUAUGUUUGCUCAAGUUGUUUGUGUUCAAUGUCAAGUAUGAAUUACAUGUGCUUUCAGUGUCAUCACAGUUCUCUUAUGUCACUUUUUACAGUGCACUUUCUAGUUUGCACAGGAAAUUCAGACUGCAUUCAUAGUACACAACAUUAUUUUAAAUGAUAUAUGGGAUGUUUCAUUUUGAAACUCCCUGUCUGGGAUGAAACUGAGGCAUUUUUGGUGUGGAGAUAAUUUAUGGUUGGACGUCUUUCAUUUAUAUGCUCUGCUUCAAAUACCUGUGCUGGGAUUUCUAAAAGAAAUAAUUAUUUAAGUUUUCAGUAAGACUUGAGAUGAAAAAUGUUAUUUAAAUGGUUCUGUAAUGCUUUUUUAACAUUUUGAUUUGUAUUAGAUAAAUAUAUUACAAAAAUGCGGUCAUAACAAACACCAAUUUUAGAUUCAUAGAUAAAUGUGUGAAUUAGAGGAUGAAAUAUGUUUUUUUUUUUCCCUUUUGGCCAAGCGUGGAGUGUUUCCGUUCAAUAUUUGAAUUGUGUUGGUGUGAAGUGUGUGCUCAGGGGUUUCUUAGCCAUAACGGGCAAAUAUCUGCUAUAGUAAUGCCUACUUUAUCAAUACAAAUAACAGUAGUUUAGUGAUUGCAUUAUCAGAGAACUCUAUGAAUAUAUCUGAAAACUUACUCUUUAAAUGAAAACUUACUGUCCUUGUGUGAUAUUUAUUUUGAGGCCAAAUAUAACCAAUCAUGAAACCAUCCCUAGAGAUAUUGUCAUUAUAAUACAGUUUUAGAAGACCUCACCAAUUGCAAUGUUCACUUCACUGUCUGAGUGGCUUCAAAUGUAGGUGAAGAUUAUGUUGAACACACAUAGCAUUUGAAAUCAGAUCAUCUCCAUUGUCUUGAGAACAAGUUUUGGUCUUAAGAAAUGUAGCUUAUAUUGUUUUGGGGGACUAGAGAGUACAGGCUUCUAUGCAAUUCAGUGUUUUUUUGUUGCCUUGACAGAAAAACAACAGGUUUCAGUAUCUUGAUGCAUUUGUGGUAUUUGAGUAGUUGAUGUGCACUUUCAUAUCAUCUUAUUUUUGAUUUGAAUCAAAUUUUGGUUUCAUCAUGGCUAAGCUCUGUAAAGUAGAAAGUGCUGUAUGAUUUCAGUAUUUUAAAAUGUUUGGUGUUUAUUCAUUUACUGUUUAGAAAUGCUUAUAUGGUGAAACAGUGUCAUGUUGGAAUCUGGAUUUUCAUUUCCCUAAUGCCAGUGUGCUUAAAAUGAUCAUUGAUCAAAUGUUACAGAUUUUGUUUCAUUUUUUUUUUUCCUCCCUCAUUUUAAAAAGGCAAUCAGGUCACAGAAGUUAUGAUGAAAUAUCUUGAAGGUUUGGUGCUCUUGUGUUCUAAUUUUAAUUUUGUGUCCUUGCUCCGUGUACAAGUUCAGUUUCACAUAAGGCCCCUACAGUUUGAGAGCUGAAAUGUAACUUUCUCAAUCCACUUGUUGAAAAGCCUUUCAUGACAAAUAAUAAUAAAAAAAAAAGUUUUGA